AUGACUCUCAUCAAGCGCGCUAUCAACGCCGCCGCCAUCAAGGGCUCCGAGCGCCGCCCUGGCGAGUCGCGCGGCAAUGCCAUGCUCCGCAACGCCGACCUUCUCCCCGUGUCUCCCGAGCGUCGCACUUGGGGCUGGGUCAACUUUGCCUCCUUCUGGAUCUCGGACGGUCUCAACCUUAACACCUUCAUGAUCGCGUCCACCGCCGUGUCUGCUGGUCUUACUUGGUCUCAGGCCUGGGCCGCCAUCAUUGUCGGCUACUUUGCGGUGGCGUUUUUGGUGGUUAUGACUGCCAGAAUCGGUGCUGUUUAUCACGUCUCGUUCCCGAUCCUUGCGAGGAGCACAUUCGGUGUCUGGGGUGCCAUCUGGCCCAUCCUCAACCGAAGCGCCAUGGCUUGUGUCUGGUACGGUGUGCAGGCGUACAUCGGUGGCCAAUGCACGACGCUGGUGCUGGAAAGCAUGUUCCCUAGCUACCGAAGGAUGCCCAACCACCUGCCUGCAAGCUCUGGCAUCACCACCAUGGACUUUGUCAGCUUCUUCCUCUUCUCGCUCAUCUCCCUGCCCUUCGUCAUUCUCCACCCGAGCAAGGUCCGCUACUUCUUCAACUUCAAGGCCGUCGUCGUGCCCAUUGCCGCCAUCGCCUUCUUCGCCUGGUCCAUCGUCGAUGCUAAGGGUCUCGGUCCCAUUGUCCACCAGCCCGCCAAGCUCUCCGGCAGCAAGAUGGGAUGGCAGUUCAUGGCCUCUCUCAUGUCGUGUAUCUCCAACAUGGCUACGCUCGUGCUCAACAUCCCCGAUCUUUCGAGGAUGGCUAAGAACAAGCAGUCGGUCAAGUGGUCGCAGCUGCUGGCUGUGCCCCUCACCUUCUCGCUGACGAGCUUCCUGGGCAUCAUCAUUGCCAGUUCGAGCCAGGUGAUCUACGGCGAGCUGAUCUGGAACCCCGUCGACCUGCUCGGCCAGCGACUCAAGGUGGACCCUUACAACUCGGGCGCGCGCGCUGGUGUGUUUUUCAUCGCGUUCGCCUUCAUCAUCGGCCAGAUUGGUGUCAAUGUCGCCGCCAACUCGCUCUCUGCUGGUCACGAUCUUGCUGCGGCUUGCCCUCGCUACAUCAACAUCCGUCGAGGCUCGUUGGUCGCUGCGGCAGUAGGAUUUGCCAUGUGCCCAUGGAACCUGCUCAAGGACAGCAACAACUUUGCCACCUACCUGUCGGCCUACUCGCUCUUCCUCUCGAGCAUCAGCGGCACCAUGAUGGCCGACUACUACAUUGUCAAGCGCGGACUGCUCGAUAUGCCUUCGCUGUUCAGCGCUGCAUCGACCUCCUCGCAGCAGCCGAGCAUGUACCACUACUGGAACGGGAUCAACUUCCGAGCGUUCGCGGCCUACAUUGCUGGUAUCGCCAUGACAGUCGCUGGCUUCGCGGGAGUGCUCGGGGUCGAGGUCUCCGUUGCCGCACAGAGGAUGUACAUCCUCGCCUACCCCAUUGGCUUCUUGGUCUCCGGCAUGGUAUAUGUGGCGCUCUGCGAGGUGUUCCCCGUCCCCGGCGGCGUCUCGGUGCGCGAACACAGACGGUUCCUGGAACCCGAGUCGUGGGAGGCCGACAUGUGGGAGGGCAUGGACCAGGGUCACCUCCAAGGUGGCGCCGACGAAUCGGUCCACUCGACCAGCGAUAUCGAGAAGAGCUCGUUCAAGGGCGAGGGCGCUCAGCCGGAGCAGCAGGUGAGCAACUCGGAGUACUACCUCCAGAAGUGA